UUCCCCCAGGGCUGGGACUUGUGCGGGCGGCAAAUUCAGGUUCUCUGUCACCGUUGUGGUCGUCGCAGGCCCGAGUUAGAGGCCAACUGAGAAAUCUUCGUGCCUCAGAAAACACGUAUUAAGCGCCUAGUGUGCAUCUGAUUUCGUGGAUAUAAAGAUUUGUUGAUCUACAGAAUGCUUCAAUACCCAUAUUUUUGUAGAAUCUAUAAAAAAUUUCUUUCGUGCUGGUUGGAAUCUGGCAUAUUUAAUUUGGGUGUCUGGCCAAAAAAAAUACAUGCUACAGCAGAAAGAUAUAAUGAAUAUGAAGCCCAGGAGCAAACAGAUCAAACUGGAGCUCAGGAGUUACAAGACAGAGAUUCUGAAGCGAUGACUAAAUUACAUAUUCCAGUGAUGGUGGAUGAAGUUGUUCGUUGUUUGGCACCACAAAAAGGGCAGUUUUUUCUAGAUAUGACAUUUGGUUCAGGAGGACACACGAGAGCUAUUCUACAGAAGGAGUCAGAUAUUACUCUGUAUGCCUUAGACAGAGACCCAACAGCUUAUGCAAUAGCUGAACAGCUUUCAGAAUUGUACCCUAAACAGAUCCGAGCCAUCCUGAGCCAGUUCAGCCAGGCAGAAGCCUUACUAAUGAAAGCUGGAGUGCAGCCAGGGACUUUGGAUGGAGUUCUUUUGGAUCUUGGGUGUUCCUCCAUGCAACUUGAUGCCCCUGAAAGAGGUUUUUCCCUUCGGAAGGAUGGCCCCUUGGACAUGAGAAUGGAUGGUUGCAGGUACCCUGACAUGCCCACCGCAGCUGAUGUUGUGAACGCUUUAGAUCAACAGGCACUUGCAUCCAUCCUGAGAACAUACGGGGAGGAGAAGCACGCCAAGAAAAUCGCUUCAGCAAUCGUUCAGGCACGCAGCAUCUACCCCAUCACCAGAACCCAGCAGCUUGCCAGCAUUGUUGCAGGUGCAUUUCCUCCCUCUGCUACUUAUGCACGAAAAGACUUGCUACAACGAUCUACCCAUAUCGCUACCAAGACUUUCCAAGCUGUUCGCAUAUUUGUGAACAAUGAGCUCAAUGAACUUUACACAGGACUGAAGACAGCUCAGAAGUUUCUGAGACCUGGUGGUCGCCUUGUUGCCCUCUCCUUCCAUUCACUGGAGGAUCGCAUCAUCAAACGAUUCCUGCUUGGGAUAAGCAUGACAGAAAGGUUUAACCUAAGUGCUAGACAGAAGGUGAUACAAAAAUCACAGUUGGAUUCAGAUCAUGAAAACACGGAAGGAGUCUCUAUAGGAAGGGCCCCUUUAAUGUGGAAAGUGAUGCAUAAGAAGGUGCUUACUCCAGAAGAUCAAGAUGUACAAGAUAACCCCAGAGGACGCUCAGCCAAGCUUAGAGCAGCUAUCAAAUUAUGAGAAAGUUAUCAUCAUCUGAUUCUUCAAGUUCUUCCUCACAGUUUCUCGUGUAAUAUUCCUGAACAGCCUAAUAUAAGAAAGUGUGGGAUAUAUAGAGAUAUGUACUAUAUAUGUGUGGAAAUAAGGGGUAUUUAGCAUUUUUUUCUCAAAAAGAAAAUGUAGGAAAUAUUAGCAUGACACAGAUAGCUCAAUUCAAGAUGCAGCAGUGUCUCAAAACUGGAAAAAUUGUUUAUCUUAGCAUUAUAUUUGACUUUUGAAAUGCAGUUCUUUCUCUAACCAGGAAAUUUUUUUAAAAAGAAGAAGAAGAAGGAGAAGAGAAGAAUAUGUGUAUUUACUUAACUAUGUAGAUUCAAGCUGUCAAAAGAGAGAUUAUAAUUAUAUCUGCAUGCCCAAAUUCUGAAUUUAGAUAUUCAGAUUUGCAACAGACUGUCUAUAACUCAAAUAAUUAAUAAUGAUCAUAAAAUGAAUUUUAAUUUUCCUACUUGGGAAUAAUUAAUUACUACUAUAGCUUUCUCAAAUAUAGGUACUAUGAAAAUUUAAAAUAUUCAAGUAUUAUUUUAAAAAUGCAUUAUACUGAUAAAUUUCAUUACUGAAAUUACAGUGUUCAUUGUUUUAAAGGGAUUUUUCAGUAUGAUAUGUGCCAUGUUUUCAUAUAUUAGCAACUAAAAAUGUAGAAUUGCUCUAAUAGCUCUCACAGAGAAUGUUUCACAAAACUGAUAUUUAAAGUCAAUUGUGUUUAUUUUAAUAAUAGCCCAGAAUGCUUUUGAUAAAUAAAAAUCUCUCAUCAUUUGAAUCCUGCAAUUUUAAAUUGGGCUAUUUGAAAUAUUCAAAGUCUAAUUGAAAUGGAAAAGUAUGUUAUCUCUUCCAGAUACUAAAAUCAAUGUAAUGAUUUUAUUUACAAAUAGUAACUGUAAUUGUAAAAUGUUUAUUCAGGUGAAGUUCAUGUGGCAGAGGAUUCUUUAACAAAUUAAUGAAAUUGA